AGAUGGAGCUUUGUCACAUGGCUAUGGUAGAUACUAACAACCUGACAUCAACAUCCGGUAUUCCUUCGCCUCUUCUUAGAUAGUUUCAUCCAUGAAUACAAAACGGACAGUCACAAACCCGCUGUCAUGGGGUCCUCAGCUUGGCAUGAGAUAUUUUUAGAACUGGAACAGUGUUCUAAAUGCUGUAGGAAGUCAUUCAAUAUCAAGUUGCUCCCCGGCGUGUACAUCUGGUGAGCGGCGAAACGCUCCAUCACGACCGCAGCAAGCUAGCUAAGUUUGAUCUCGAACUAAUCUCAACUUAGCCACCAUAUUGAUGGAUUCACAGCUCAUUCAUAAGAGCUACGAAGGCGCAUGAUAUUGUGCACAUUUUUUGAUCUCCAGAUGGUGUAUUCAACUGACGAUAUCGCAGCAGCAAUAAGCUUACAGUCCUUUAAGUACAUAUUUGCCUCGACGGCUACAUUCUGGACCUAUGAUUAUGCAUGUUCGCUUCAUGAAGAGUGGACAUUUUUACUUCGAUCGCACUGGAGCAAGAUGAAAGGCCUGUAUAUUGUCACACGAUACCUCCCCUUUAUCUUUCUUGCUACGAAUCUAUAUAUUGACUUUACCCCGAAUGAGAACCCAACUAAAUGCCGGGUGUUGGCAAAUAUUGAAUCAGGUCUCGGCAUUGUAUUAGUCAUUUUAUCCGAAUGUUUUUUUAUCCUCAGAACAUAUGUGCUCUGGAACAAAAAUAGAAUCUUGCUCGCAGCCAUGCUGUGCACCUCGUUCAUGUUUGUCGUAGCAUCCUUGAGCGUUACGUUCGACACUACCGUCCCCGCAGCAUAUACGACUAGCGCAAUCCCGGGAAUCACAGGGUGCCACCGGAGUUCGACCAGUUACCGGCUCUUCAUACCAUUUCUUCUCUCUUCCGUGUUCGAACUGGGACUCAUGAUCCUCACGCUCAUACGUGCCAUACAGAGCUGGCGGACAAACCCAAGCCGUCUGUACCUUGUCCUGGUGAACCACAACAUAUCCUAUUAUGCAUGCGCUCUUCGUGAGUUAGCAUUCAUUCGCGCUGUUUUUCCGUAAUCAUCCAUAAUCAUUCUCUUUCCUCAAGUGUUUUCGGUGACGACCGU